GACAGAAGUUGAGUGCUAUCACACUAAACUUCUCGAGCAGAUCUAAAACUUCGGUGGCAGAUUUCUCGAGCUCGGCUCAAGAGAUCUGGAGCAGAAUUGGAUCCAAGCUCAUCCAAUUCUGCUCAUACUGCUACCACCUGAAGAAGGAUUCUGUCCUUGAUGCAAUAGCUGGCCAUGGCAAUAAUAGAGAAUUAUGUGGAUCCACCAACGCCUUCGAGACCGGCUCCUGAAUUGAGCCCAUUCAUUAGAGCGGAUCAUAGAGAUCGGGAACUUGAAGUGAAGCAGCUCACCUUGGAGGCUUGGCAUGAGGUAGAUGAAGCAAAUACUUCAGAUUUGGCCACAUUGGUGAGAGAGGACUAUAUAGAUCGGAGAGAUAAAUUUGUUGUGAAUGAGCCCAUCUCAGACGAAUGGGAAUGCAUAGAUCAUGAAAAUACUACGGAAUUGAGCGCACUCAUAAUAGAGGAUUACAUGGAGAAAAAAUAUGGAAGCCUUGGGGAGUCUGCACAGAGUUCACAGUCGACAGCGGAACCGGAGGUGACUGCAAGAUCGGAUGCUUCACGGGAUCACGGGAUCUCAGAGAUGGCCAUCAGUGAGAAACCUUCCCCACAUCAUGAUGAGUAAGAGCAGCAAGCUUCCCAGCAGAUGCACACAGAUGACGACACUGCAGCUGGGCUCCCGAAGCUGUCUUGUACUCUCGUCAGGUGAAUGAGCAUAGAAGUAUAUGAAAGAGCAUGAUCAACCACUCAGUCUCAAGGCUAACAUGAGUAUCGGCGAGAGCUCCUAUCGCAACUAUCAGAGUGGGAGUAUGCCCCUGUGAUGAGACCGGCACUCUGUAAAAAGAACGUGCGCAGAUGAGCUUUUAAUCCCCAACAGAGCAAAGAGAAAUCAGGAUCUGAGCACGUGUUCAAACGGAAGGUGAAAGGGGCAAUUCUGUCACCGUAGACCAUGCGCUCGUAGACACAUUUUUCACGUACACGUCUAUGCUUCUAUUUUGCUUGAGCUACUCAGGUUCGAUGGUUAUCAGCG